UCUCGCGCCCCUCCUCGCUGGGCAUUCAAACAGCUUUCCGACAUCACCAGCCAAGGAUUUUUUCCCCCCUCUCCUUAGUCGCGGUCCGUCCAUCAGUACCUGCGGGGGGAGGGGGAGGAGGAGGAGGAGGGAGGAAAGCGGAAAGAGGAAAGAGCAUAAGCUUGAGCCUUCCGAUCCGACCACGAAUACUCCUGUAAUAAACCCACCGCCCCAACAAAUCUGCCUUAGCAGCCGCUGCUGCCGCCGGUCACUUCUCGUCUCAGCGCUUUCUUUGCUUCUUGGCUCAUCGGUUUGUUGGGGGUAGAUUUGAUAAAAACAAAUCCUUGCUUUUAAGCCACUUGCAUAUUUUUGUUUCUUUAGAGUCUCUCUACGGGGGGCUCCCCCCUCCCUCGGUUGGAGGUUGGAUUCAGUUGGCUACGGCGUCAGGCUCCGGGGUCCUGGGGGCUUUUUUUCUCCCACCCCUCCCCUGUUUGAUUUUUCUCCCCCAUCUUUUGCUUCUCUUAAGUGUGCAUUUAAAAAAAAAUAAAAUAAAUCCUGAUUUUUGAAGCUGAGCCGGGGAAAAUGGGCAACGGUGAUUGGGACCGAAGGGGAGUCUCUCCGUCACUGUUGCUGGGACGCGUGCCUGUGCUGGUGUCUUAGAGCAAGAGCCUCCCUGAGCUUUCGGAGUGGAAGAACAGUGGAAGAGACUGCAGCCUAAAGACUUUUAUAAUUAACUUGGCAUCACUUUUCUCAGCUCAAAGGCUAAACAAAAAAAAGCAGUGUCAUUUAUUCUAAGAAAUAACUUCUUAAAGGUUAAAGCUGAAAAAAAUUCAAGUUAUUUUUGGAUAACAACUUACAGAGGCCAAAUGACAUAGGAUGAAGGCUGUUCGUAACCUGCUGAUUUAUAUAUUUUCCACCUAUCUCCUGGUUAUGUUUGGAUUUAAUGCUGCCCAAGACUUCUGGUGUUCAACUUUGGUGAAGGGAGUCAUUUAUGGAUCGUAUUCUGUAAGUGAAAUGUUUCCCAAAAACUUUACAAACUGCACUUGGACGCUGGAAAAUCCAGAUCCAACCAAAUAUAGCAUUUACCUGAAAUUUUCCAAAAAGGACCUUAGCUGCUCUAACUUUUCCCUCUUGGCUUAUCAGUUUGAUCAUUUUUCCCAUGAAAAAAUAAAGGAUCUUUUAAGAAAGAAUCAUUCUAUAAUGCAACUCUGCGAUUCCAAGAAUGCUUUCGUUUUUCUACAAUAUGAUAAAAAUUUUAUUCAGAUACGUCGGGUGUUUCCAACUGAUUUCCCAGGAUUACAGAAAAAAGGGGAAGAAGAUCAGAAAUCUUUUUUUGAGUUUUUGGUAUUGAACAAGGUGAGCCCAAGCCAGUUUGGUUGCCAUGUAUUAUGCACUUGGUUGGAGAGCUGCUUAAAAUCAGAAAAUGGGAGAACAGAAUCAUGUGGGAUCAUGUAUACAAAAUGCACCUGCCCUCAGCAUUUGGGAGAGUGGGGGAUCGACGACCAGUCGCUGGUUUUGUUAAAUAACGUGGUGUUACCCCUGAAUGAGCAGACCGAGGGCUGCCUGACCCAGGAGCUGCAAACCACCCAGGUCUGCAAUCUUACCAGGGAGGCCAAGCGACCGCCCAAAGAAGAAUUUGGAAUGAUGGGAGAUCAUACAAUUAAAAGUCAGCGACCUCGAUCUGUUCAUGAAAAAAGGGUCCCUCAGGAACAAGCUGAUGCUGCUAAAUUUAUGGCACAAACUGGUGAAUCUGGUGUGGAAGAGUGGUCCCAGUGGAGCACAUGCUCAGUUACUUGUGGUCAAGGGUCGCAGGUGCGAACCAGAACUUGUGUAUCACCUUACGGGACACACUGCAGCGGCCCAUUAAGAGAAUCAAGGGUUUGCAAUAACACUGCCCUCUGUCCAGUACAUGGAGUUUGGGAGGAGUGGUCACCAUGGAGUUUAUGUUCAUUUACAUGUGGUCGAGGCCAAAGAACAAGAACAAGGUCGUGCACACCUCCUCAGUAUGGAGGAAGGCCGUGUGAAGGACCUGAAACACAUCAUAAGCCUUGUAAUAUUGCUCUGUGCCCAGUCGAUGGGCAGUGGCAAGAGUGGAGUUCAUGGAGUCAGUGCUCAGUGACAUGCUCGAAUGGGACCCAACAGAGAAGCCGGCAGUGUACUGCAGCAGCUCAUGGGGGCUCUGAAUGCAGAGGGCCAUGGGCAGAAAGCAGAGAGUGCUAUAACCCUGAGUGUACAGCCAAUGGUCAGUGGAAUCAGUGGGGUCAUUGGAGCGGAUGUUCCAAGUCCUGUGAUGGCGGCUGGGAAAGGCGAAUAAGGACUUGUCAGGGUGCAGCAAUAACAGGACAGCAAUGUGAAGGAACAGGUGAAGAAGUGAGAAGAUGCAGUGAGCAACGAUGUCCUGCACCUUAUGAAAUAUGCCCAGAGGAUUACCUGAUGUCGAUGGUGUGGAAAAGGACCCCGGCAGGCGACUUGGCAUUCAAUCAGUGCCCACUGAAUGCCACAGGCACCACUAGCAGACGCUGCUCUCUCAGUCUUCAUGGAGUGGCCUUCUGGGAACAGCCAAGCUUUGCAAGAUGCAUAUCCAAUGAGUACAGACACUUGCAGCAUUCAAUCAAAGAACACCUUGCUAAGGGGCAAAGAAUGCUGGCAGGUGAUGGAAUGUCCCAGGUGACCAAGACACUGUUGGAUUUAACUCAGAGGAAAAAUUUCUAUGCAGGCGAUCUUCUGAUGUCUGUGGAAAUUCUCAGAAAUGUGACAGACACAUUUAAAAGGGCAAGUUACAUCCCUGCAUCUGAUGGAGUCCAGAACUUCUUUCAAAUAGUUAGCAACCUUCUAGAUGAAGAAAACAAGGAAAAAUGGGAGGAUGCACAACAGAUUUAUCCUGGCUCUAUAGAAUUAAUGCAGGUGAUUGAAGAUUUUAUACACAUUGUUGGAAUGGGGAUGAUGGACUUUCAGAAUUCAUACUUAAUGACUGGAAAUGUAGUGGCUAGCAUUCAGAAGCUUCCUGCAGCAUCUGUUCUAACAGACAUCAACUUCCCAAUGAAAGGACGAAAGGGAAUGGUUGACUGGGCAAGAAACUCGGAAGAUAGGGUAGUCAUUCCAAAAAGCAUUUUUACUCCUGUAUCAUCAAAAGAAUUAGAUGAAUCAUCGGUAUUUGUUCUUGGAGCAGUCCUAUACAAAAACUUAGAUCUAAUUUUGCCCACUUUGAGAAACUACACUGUCGUUAAUUCCAAAAUCAUCGUGGUCACAAUAAGGCCUGAACCCAAAACAACUGAUUCAUUCCUGGAGAUAGAACUAGCUCAUUUGGCUAAUGGUACUUUGAAUCCCUAUUGUGUAUUGUGGGAUGACUCAAAAACGAACGAGUCUUUGGGAACGUGGUCCACCCAGGGAUGUAAAACUGUGCUUACCGAUGCAUCCCAUACGAAAUGCUUAUGUGAUCGUCUCUCUACCUUCGCCAUUUUGGCUCAGCAACCUAGAGAAAUAAUCAUGGAAUCCUCUGGUACACCUUCAGUUACCCUAAUAGUAGGCAGUGGCCUUUCUUGCUUGGCCUUGAUCACCCUCGCAGUUGUCUAUGCAGCAUUAUGGAGGUACAUACGCUCUGAGAGGUCUAUAAUUCUAAUUAACUUCUGCCUGUCUAUCAUCUCAUCCAACAUCCUCAUACUGGUUGGACAGACUCAGACACAUAAUAAGAGCAUCUGUACAACCACCACUGCAUUUUUGCACUUUUUCUUCCUGGCUUCGUUCUGUUGGGUUUUAACUGAGGCGUGGCAGUCCUAUAUGGCUGUGACUGGAAAAAUUAGGACCCGGCUUAUAAGGAAACGUUUUUUGUGCCUUGGAUGGGGUUUACCAGCAUUAGUAGUGGCCACAUCAGUAGGCUUCACAAGGACGAAAGGAUAUGGCACUGAUCACUACUGCUGGCUCUCUCUUGAAGGAGGACUACUCUACGCUUUUGUUGGACCUGCAGCUGCUGUUGUCCUGGUCAACAUGGUGAUUGGCAUUUUGGUAUUUAAUAAACUUGUUUCCAGAGAUGGGAUCCUAGAUAAAAAGCUCAAACACAGAGCCGGUCAGAUGAGUGAGCCUCAUAGCGGUUUGACGCUCAAAUGUGCCAAGUGUGGAGUAGUUUCAACAACAGCUUUGUCAGCCACCACCGCCAGUAACGCCAUGGCGUCCCUCUGGAGUUCCUGUGUGGUGUUGCCCCUUCUGGCUCUGACAUGGAUGUCUGCGGUUCUGGCCAUGACAGACAAACGCUCCAUAUUGUUUCAGAUACUUUUUGCCGUGUUUGAUUCAUUGCAAGGUUUUGUGAUAGUCAUGGUCCACUGCAUUCUUCGGAGAGAGGUUCAGGAUGCAUUUAGAUGCCGAUUGAGAAACUGUCAGGAUCCAAUCAAUGCUGAUUCUUCAAGUUCUUUUCCUAAUGGGCAUGCUCAAAUAAUGACAGACUUUGAAAAGGAUGUAGACAUUGCUUGUCGAUCAGUUCUUCACAAGGAUAUUGGUCCUUGCCGAGCAGCAACAAUAACAGGAACACUCUCUAGGAUUUCUCUAAAUGAUGAUGAAGAAGAAAAGGGAACAAACCCUGAAGGGCUAAGCUAUUCAACACUGCCUGGAAACGUCAUUUCCAAAGUCAUUAUCCAGCAACCCACGGGUAUGCACAUGCCCAUGAGUAUGAAUGAGCUGGGCAAUCAGUGUUUGAAAAAAGAGAACAGUGAAUUGCGAAGAACUGUGUACUUAUGUACGGAUGACAAUUUGAGAGGAGCUGAUAUGGAUAUAGUCCAUCCUCAAGAAAGAAUGAUGGAAAGUGACUAUAUUGUGAUGCCCAGAAGUUCUGUAAAUACCCAGCCAUCAAUGAAAGAGGAAAGCAAAAUGAAUAUUGGUAUGGAAACCUUGCCACAUGAAAGGUUAUUGCACUACAAAGUGAAUCCUGAAUUCAACAUGAAUCCCCCUGUAAUGGACCAGUUCAAUAUGAACUUAGAUCAACACCUUGCACCCCAGGAACAUAUGCAGAAUUUGCCCUUUGAGCCUCGCACAGCUGUGAAGAAUUUCAUGGCCUCUGAGUUGGAUGAUAAUGCAGGACUAUCAAGAAGUGAAACUGGGUCAACGAUAUCAAUGAGUUCAUUAGAGAGAAGAAAAUCACGAUAUUCAGACCUUGACUUUGAGAAGGUCAUGCAUACAAGGAAGAGGCAUAUGGAACUCUUUCAGGAGCUGAAUCAGAAAUUUCAAACUUUGGACAGAUUUCGGGAUAUACCAAAUACAAGCAGUAUGGAAAACCCAGCACCAAACAAGAAUCCAUGGGACACUUUCAAAAACCCCAGUGAAUACCAACAUUACACCACAAUCAAUGUCUUAGAUACAGAGGCAAAGGACACUUUGGAACUGAGGCCAGCAGAGUGGGAGAAGUGUCUGAAUUUGCCUCUGGAUGUGCAGGAGGGUGACUUUCAAACAGAAGUUUAACAAAGUCAAAAUGGACUGAGGUGGACAUAAAAAAAUUUCUUGCACUGACACUUAAGACUUGGGAAGCCUGACAUUUCUAUCUGGACAGUGUGACUAUGCUCUGUCAGGACCUUCAUGUGCCAAGUGUCAGUGGUGUUUGCGUGUGGGAACUUCUCACUAGUGAGGCUAGUGGAGAGAGAACCAGGUGUACAGUUCUGACCAUCCUGUGUUGUAAGUACCCGUGGAAUGGAUUUGUAAGGUAAUCUUUAUAGAUAAACCUCAAGCAACGAUUCAUGUUGUGACCGCUUCAUAUGGUUUAGUUUUCAAAAAACUUCACCAUGAAGCACAAUGUAUAUAUUUAUGCAGUUUUUAAAGUUUAUAACAGUCUGUUUGGCCAUUACUACACUUUUUACUUUAUAAUAUAAAAGCAAAGUUUUUGUCAUUAAAUGAAUGUUUGUUGAGCUACAUUCUUCAUUGCUUUAAAUGCAAUAAAGUAAUAAUCUCACUUUUAUAUGAAUAAUAUAUUUCACAUCUUUAUUAUUGCAGUUUUCUCUAGAAAGCUCUGAGUAGCUUUCUCUGCUGCAACUGUGUAUAAAAUAUUUAAAAUGUUGUAUGGUGUAAAUAAACUUUUGUCUACAUAUCAGUUUUUUAGUGCAUUUUAUUUUGGAUUUGUUGAACAGAAAUUUACAUCUUUAUAAAAUUUUUUUUUCAAUACAGAUACUGAAAAUGUAUUCAGUUUUAAUAGCAUACCGUUAUUACUCCUUUGAGGCUAAUGAUUUCUCAAAUGUAAUAGUAGGUUUGUAUAGUGCUUCUGUAUUUUCUACUCAAACAUCCUUUGGAACAAUGUACCAUGUAAAUGGGGCUUGUCAGAAAUCUGCCAUCAUACUCUUACCUAAAUAUUAUGUUUUUUUCUAUAUUUUUUGUGGCAAAAAGACAACUACUGGUAGGACACAGUACGUUGCCAUACAAGACAUAAUACAGGGAAAAUGUUUAUUAGAAGUAAUGAAGUCCAUUGCAUGUUUCACAAAAGAAACUACUUGUACGAUAGUUCUUCAUAGCAUACACAAAAAAUGAACUUAUUCAGGACUUUAAAAAAAUCUUAUCUGUAUAUUCUCUAGUGGAAGGAAAAGGGGUGUGGAUGUGUUUGGUAGACGCUUUAUCUCUGGUUGAAAAGUGGGAAGUCUGAGGUGAGCUGACUACAAAAGGGCCCCCAGUGUCCUCUGUUGUGGAAAGCCACACCGGUGAUGUCUCCUGCUUUCUCAAAGUCUCAUGAAAGGAAACAUGGCACAAAGGAUUUCAGCAAUUUUGCCAUCCUUUUAACGGAUGAUGAGAUUGUGACUUCCAGGCUGAGGAACUAUAGGGAGUGGAAAGGAGAUCGGGGUCUUCAAACUUCCGAGAAUGUUUAUUUAGAUUAGUUUGUCGUUAAACCUAAGCUGCAUGGUCUUCUGUGGUCUGUCAGAAACCCAAGUGAGCUGGCUCCAGCUACCCAUGACCUGGAGGACCCGGCCCUGAAGGCCAUGUGUCCAGGCAGAGACAAAGGUGCUUCAACACUCAAGUGCACCACUAAGCUAGAGCCUUAAAAAUGCCCAGCUCAGGCUGAAUUCCUGUCAGAUACUUAUAAUGUGCUCAAUGUAAAGAUGUUAAAAAUAUAUUUUUAACCAUAUUUUAAAAAAUAAAAGCAACAUCAGAAUAUAACAUAAGGAGUGAUUUUUCUAUAGAAUAAACUUCAUGCCAAUUAUAAUGUUAUUGUAAUAUUAAAUGCUUAUUAAAUUUAUAAGAUGACUUUCUGGUGAUAGAAAUAUUUAGUCAAUUUCUCAUUCUCUUCCUAUAUUCAUGUGUCUAUAAAUACACAUAUAUAUAUAUACAUAUAUGUAUAUGUACAGACCUAUGUGUAGGUGUAGAUAUACGUAUGUGUACUCAGGCUUAGCUCCAUCUCAGUGACCCAUUGAGUGAAUGAAAACCAUGUAGGCAGUUUCCCAUUUCAAACUGUAAGAUCUUGAUUGGAAAAAACCCUUAAUAAGCAUAUAUUUGAAAACAUAAAUUCUGUGUUUAAAAAACAAAUUCAAUAUAUUAGACUAAUAUUUCCUGUAAAGCUACAACAGUCACUGCCAUAAAAUGAAAUCUUAUAUUUUUUUCACUUCUAUUUUUCUCCAGUUCUAGUAACUCAAUAUUACUGUAUGAAAAUUAACCAGAAAUUGCAUACUUGAAAAUGUUAGGGUAACUUAUUUGUUACUCUAAGAGAGAUGCCAAGUUGUAGUGGUGCUUUUUGUUUGUUUUUUAAUCUAGAAGGGAAAAAGUACAGGCAGGUCAAUAAGUAUCAAGUAAUCUUAAUUUUAAGGAAGCUCUCUUUUGAGUCUACUCCUUCUAAGUUUCCACUGCACACGCACAUCCGCGUCCUCUGCCAAAACUGCCUCGCAGCUGUCCCCUUAGACAGCCCUGGGCCAUUCCCUCUGAGUCCUGAGCCCACUGUACUCUUGACCUGCCAAGAUCUUUGGGCCCUUGGAGAGGUAGCCUUUCCCCUUCCCCCACAUCCACAUUUUUUCUAUGCUUCAAGGUACACCUCAUAUUUCAUCUUCGUGAAAGUUCUCAUGAUUCUCCAAGCUAAAAAUAAUUUCUCCUGUUAACUCUUAUGGCAAUGCUUCUGUACCUCUCUUAGAACUUUUAAAGAAACUUCUACCUUGUUAUUUAAACACAUUUCUGAUAUCCUCUGGUGGACUGUAAGUGCCUAGAGGGCAGGAUUCAUGUCUGAUCCAUUUUUGUAUCUCUUAAGGGACCUAGCACAAUAAUGUUCACACAAUAAAUGUCUGUUGAAUUGUUGGCGGAGUUUAUUUUAGCAUUGCUUCCAGUCAUGCAUUCACAGCAAGUUGCUCAUCCAAAAGUGUUUACUGAAUAACUAUGACGUGUUUGCCUCUAUGCUAGAUGGAAGAAUAUAGGGCCUCUGUUUUAGGUAGCUCACAAUCUACUAAAGAUGGAAAAUACAAAUGUGAAAGUAAAAAUAUUUCAAUAUUAAAAGCUCUUAUUACCCUAUACUGUCUUUUUGCCCUUAAGAUUGUCACAUGAAGAUGGAAUUAAUUAUUCUAUAGAAACAGACUCAGAAGAGGUUAAGCAACAUAAGAUCACCAUAAGUAAAUAACACACAUAGUGUUAGAGCCCACAUCCUCUUUCUUCUACUCUGGGGUCAUUCUCAUGGUACCAUGAAGUUUCUACUGUUCCUCCUAGAUUAUUAAGUCCCCAAAUCAAAUAACCACAAAUUCCAUGGAGAUGUUCUUCAGGCUGGUAGUAGAGGCAUAAAACAGAAAACAUGCAUCAUCAGCUGCCAUGGGGGCGGUGAGGCCAGUAGCUAAUUGUAGCAGAAAAACAUGGCUAAGUAAAAUAGCAGGCGAUCUUAAAUAGAUUUGGUUCUAUAGUCCAUUGUGUGGUUCUAUUGCACCCACUUUACCUUGCAAAUCCUCUUCAAAUGUAGUUGUUGUUUCACUAGUUUGGUGAUUACUUGCACAUAUGCAACAGGAGACAGAAGAGAGAGGCCAACCUGAACUUUCAGGCUGGCUUCAGAGAACUCUCUAAAAACAUACAGUCACAAUUUUAAAAAGUUGAAGUCAAUAAACCACUGCUUCAGAAAAUUUAGAUUGUAAAUUUUAAAUCAUUCUCAGCUUCUUGGAAAAUGUUAC